AAGUAAUAUUAGAGAUAGUUGACAGCAGGCAAGCGAGCACAGGACAUGAGGGAGGACUGAAAUCUGUACCGAUAGAGGAUUUUCUUCUCUCAGAAGGUGAAAAAUCUAGAGGAAAUAAAUACACAGGGGUACAGUUCAGAGAAUGCUGUUGAUCCCUUUAUUGUUUUAAAAGCUGUGUUAAGGAGAUAUUCACCAUUUGAGGCCUCAAACAAGAUACAGAGGACCGUUCCAAAACUACCGUAUGCUGUUGGAUGGUUGACUGUGGAGGAACAUUCAAAUCCAAGUAUCCCCUGAUCUUGCCACACCAGACCUUUUGACCUUUCGCCCUUACAAUCCAGGAGGAGUGUGAUCUGGUGGAAUGGCAGAGGCCGGUGUUGGUACCUGUCCCCAGGUGUUUGUGGUGGACAGCCAAGCCAACUACCUCAGUGUACCCAGCAAACCCAAGCAGAGGUGGGAAAGAUUAGGCCACCGGGUUCUCCCCCUUCUGGUGGCACUGGCCAUGCUGGCACUUAUUGUCCAGGGAUUUUUAAUCUACCACCUUUACCAAAAAACUGAGGCAUUUUCCAGAUCUCAUCCUCUCUGCCAGAACUUGUCCAAUCCCCAAACUGGUCAGCAGGGUGGCACCAUAAUGGGUCAAGUGGGAUCUAAAGAGUCCAAUGAGAUUCCCACAAUGUCGACGCAGACGCACCAGAGGCCCUUCGCUCACCUAAUAGCCUCCAGUAGUCCUGUUGGGGAGGACAGUGUGGUGCAAUGGGCAGAACAAGGCGAAGCAGUCACUCAAAACAUGAGACACGAAAAAGGAUGGCUGAUAGCUGAGACUGAAGGAUACUACUACAUCUACUCCAAACUCCAAUUAAACAAUGCAGAUUGUUUGUUUUUCCAGCACAAGGUCAUGAAAAGCACCAGUGCCUACGCCAAACCAAUAGAACUCAUGAAAUCAAAAAGUUCCCACUGCUUGACACCAAAACCAACUGCAAAGACGGGGGAUAUAUGGAACAGUUUCCUGGCUGGGAUUUUCCACCUGCAGAGAGGCGAUAAAAUCUUUGUCACACUGGAGAAUAAACAAAAGGCGCAUAUAGUCGGGUUUACAGAAAACUUCAUGGGGGCCUUCAUGAUAUUUCCUUAGAAGUUUAUAAAUGUCUGUUACACUUUUAUUUUGUCACAUUCUGUGUUUCUCUGUGUUAAUUUACAACAUGUGUUGUGUAAUUUUUAUAUGAAUAUAUAAUAUAUAUAUGAAGUUCAUAAUCUAAUAUAUGCUGUAUUUGGUGAAUGUGUGAAUCAUGUGAAGACCUUAUGAAAAAACAACGGGUCGUUGUGUCUUCAUAAAAAGUAUCUGAUAUUCAGGUUAUAAUAAUCCUAUUUGAUAUUUUGCUACUCCAGCAACGCCCCGCAACCCUAGUGCAGGAUGAAGCGGUACGGAAGAUGAGAUGAGAUGAGAUGAGAUAUUUUGCUACCUGUCGUGUUGUUUGAAUAAAAUAAUUUUGAUUGUCAAACUAA